AUGCCAACUGAGACAGAGGCCUUGGAUAUUUACAAGUCGUCCAUCCACUUCGAUGGCCUCAACAUAGCCGACUUUUCUCGCGAGAUCUUCGAGGCCUGGCACGCCGGCGGCAUCACCGGUGUGUCUUGUACCUGCGGGCUCUGGGAGGGUCUCCGGGGGAGCCUUGCCAAUGUCGUCCAGUGGAAGGAGUGGUUCGAGGAGCACUCUGACCUGAUCGUGCAGGCGCACACUGUCGCCGAUAUCCGUCGUGCCAAGGAGUCCGGCCGCACCGCCGUGUUGCUCAGCUGGCAAAACACAGCUGGCAUCGAGGACCAGCUGUCCUACCUGCGUGUCUUCCGCGAUCUGGGUGUCCGCAAGAUGCAGCUGACGUACAACACGCAAAACUACAGCGGCGCUGGGUACACGGAGCUGAGGGACUCUGGGCUGACUGGGUUUGGAAGACAGGUGGUGGAUGAGAUGGCCAAGCUGGGGAUUGUCUGCGAUCUAAGCCAUGUCGGACCUCAAACCAGCGAAGAUGUCAUCAACUAUGCUCCUGCGGGCAAACCACCCUGUUUCUCGCACGUGCUUCCGGGAGGACUGAAGGAGCAUCCGCGGAACAAGGACGACCGCCUGAUCAAGCUGAUCGCCUCCAAGGGUGGUUUCAUCGGCCUCAGCCAGUUUGGUCCGCACAUGGCAAAGGGCAACGACAGCACCAUUGACGACUAUGUAGACGCCCUCGACUAUGUCAUCAGCCUCGCGGGAGAGGAUCUCGUGGGCAUCGGCUCCGACGCGAGCGAGGGCCACGGACGCCCGAGCGACUUCAUGGCAUGGUGUAACAAAGACAAGGGGUAUGCGAGGCAGCUCACCCCAUGGGGGAGUCAGAAGGUUGUGAAGCCUCUCGGUCCGCUGGCCGACCGGGCUCAGCUGGCUGUCGCGAUGGCGAGGAAGGGAUGGAGUGAGGAGAAGAUGAGAAAGGUGCUAGGCGAGAAUUGGUUGAAAUAUCUCGAGAGAAUUCUAGGAGAAUAA